GAUUUUUUUCGUCAUAAUCCAAACAGGUUCAGUUCGUGCCUUGUCAAAUAAGGGAAGUACAUUUGCCCUUGCGAGACCUCUAAUGCAAGAUGUCGGAUACAAGGAGCGACAGUAAUGUCGAUCUUGUGACGAGAACCAACCAGUUGGAAGUCCCUCGGUUGCUGACAAUAACAAUAGUGAUAUCUGGAAUGAUUGCGAUAGUUGCGCUCAUCAUCUCAGCCGUCGCAAUCUCCAAACCCGCCAGCUCUGACAUUACAGUCCAGGGUACAACGACAAAUAUUCAGCAAACUCAGCCUGCAGUUGCAGCCAGUACCUAUGACGCCAGCCGGUAUCAGUCCUCCAACAAAAAGAGGAUUUACACAAUUGCCGUGGGAUUCGGAUCUGGGGGUUUUGAAUAUUAUGACGCCAGUGGAUUUAAAGUUGGUUUUUUUCAUGAUGUAAUAGACGCAGUGUGCCUGGAGGCGAAUAUGGAUUGUAGGACGGUCACGGAGCCAUACACCAACUGUGUGAUCUCGGAGAGAGGACAGCCGCAGCGAGGGGGGAUAGGACUUAUGUCGGGUUGGUACGACGCCUGCACCGGAUGGCUGGCCACUCGUCAACGAAAGCAGUUCUCCGCAUUUUCCAAGCCGUUUCUGAAACCACCCGAAGCCUAUUUCUACGCGCUUUCUGGAUUUAAUACACUGGAUAUCACUGGGAAGAAAGUUGGACUGGUAAGCGGUUGGUUCACUAACGAAGCCUGCCUAGCCGGACUGGACCAGGUGACUGGCAGAGACGUCCCGCACGGCAACGUUUUCCAUGCACAGACGCCCGCCGAGCUCUUGGCUAUGAUCCAGAACAGAACUGUAGACGUGGGUUUUACAACAGCGUCAGUUAUGACCGACAGAAUCUCUGGCACUAAUGUCCAACAAUACCCAACGGACCCCAUCUUCUGUAAGAAUGUCGGAGAACAAGGAAUGAUGACCCGUAAAGACAAUGAUUUUAACUCCAAAUGGAAUGAAGGGUUUGAGAAACUAGUUUCUUCAGGUCGCUUCAAACGGCUAUGUGAUGAAGCACAAACCAAGCACGGUGGACGAGGUAAAAUCAACUGUGUGGAUGCCUAAACCACAGAACAAGGCGUCCGUAACCUUGACAUUGAUGAAUUAUUCGUAGAACAAGGCAUCCGUAACUUUCACCUUUAUGGAAUAAACACAUAACUAAGCAUCCAGAACCUCGACCAAGAUGGAUAAACCACAAUGCGCCUGACAUUCACCUGGGUGGUUGAUCAACUCAAGGCAUUCGUAACUUUCGCUUUAUAUAUGUGUGUGUGUGUGUGUGUGUGUGUGUGUGUGAACUUCAGUGUUUAUUACCGGUAUUCGUAACAUUCACUUUUUUGUUUUAUAUCUGAACUAUUUGCUUGUAUUUCUAUUUUUAGUUAUCAAAUAGUUUAUAUGAUGUACCUUUGUAUGAAUUCCACUCAUUUUUAUCGGGGCACUACCGAAAGAAAACAAAUAUGUAGUGUAAUUUAUAUCUAACACACAGUUAAAGUAAAAUCUUUUUUAUUUUCAUGCACCUCGUGUUGAACGAAGGGUAAUUUUAGUAACGUGGUCAUGUAUAACAAAAGCCCGUGAUUCGGCAUCACAUGGUAACACUUCACAAACAUAUAACUCUGUUUUGAUUAUAGUAGCUAACUGAUUUUGUACUAACGUACGCAGUUGCGCAUCAUCACACUUUGACUGCUAAUUUGAACAGAACUCGUUCUUCACGCAGAGACCCCUUUGUUCACGUUCAAACCGCAACAUUUGCAGGACCAUAAGCUACGAGGGGUUGUGGGAAUUGGCAGUGGCGUUUUUUCUUACCCUUAGCCAGUGAUAGCCUUGUCCUUUCUCUCAGUCCAGAGAGACCCGCGCGGACGACUUUUACUUUCCCUCCAGCCAACGUCUAGAAGAAAACUUCAGACGGUACAAACAACCUGCUAGAAUUUUAUUUCUAUAUUAUUAUUGUUAUUGUUAAUGUUUGUUUCACCGAUGUAAAGAAUAAAUUGAUGUUUAACGCCUCAGAAAAUUAAAAAAAACUCUUUAAUGUUUUUAAUUACUCAAUAAAUAGCUUGGGGCUACUUUCAUGGUGUUGCCGUUUAUUAUUAUUUUUUAAUUGAAAAACCUUCGUUACAUUGCACUGUGCGGCACAGGUCAUAAGUUUUAGAUAUUUGAUGGUUUAUUGCAUUAUUUGAACCAUUAAUAUAAUCUUCAAUUCAGUAUCAUCCAUUAUUAGGAAGACAAUAUUGAAACAGGACACAGUUAAAUGAUUUGCACAAAACAUGGUAAAAUAGAUUCUCUUGGAAAGUAAAUUGCAAACCCUUCGUUACCAGUCAUACUGAAAAAAUAUACUUGAUGUUGAGGACAAAAUGUGUGAGUGAAGUAAACCUGCAUCUCGUUUUACCCCUUUGGCAAAGUCUAAUUUUUGUUAUUAUCAACAACGUGUGGAUAGUACCUAAAGGGUUGUUAAUUUUAUAACCUAAAUAGGCUAAAACCUUCGUUACUGAAUACGAAAAUUCCCCAUACUCACAAGGCAUGAAUUUAUAAUUUUCAGUGAUGUACACAAAAAGCCAGAUUUAUCACUUCCUGUCACCAGAGAUUUAGAAAAAGUAGAAUUCGCGAAUUUAUCUUUAACGUCAUUUUUCA